AUGCCCAAUCACGACUCCACACGAGGUUAUGCCACCGACGCAGCUGCAACUACGGUAUCCGACCCUAACAAUACCUGUAUCUGCAGCAACGAUGAUGCUUCCACCGGUCGAAAACCGACAACUAAAUCUCCUUCAAGUGACGAUGACAUGAGUCCUUUCUAUUUCUGUCUCGCGUUUACACUGGCAUUUCUGGAUGUCCUCCACGUUUUGGUCAUGAGAUCAGUCGAGGAUAUGGAAAUGCACCACUUCUUCAAUGGAAUGUCCAUCGUCUUCCUAUCGAUGGCUUUCGCACUUCUCCUUUUCCACCAGCCUGAACCUUUCAACCAUGCUCCCAUCUGCCCUUGUUACGGAACCAAAGGAUGGCGGAAUGGUGAAUCUGGUCAUAGAGCCCUCCUCAGCAUUAUGAAAGAAGCGGUUAAAGGAGAAAGUCAUACUCAAUGA